AUGGAGCUAUGGAAAUGUAUUGGUUUCAGCUUGAUCCUCAUGUUCGGGGCUUGGUCUUGUGAAGCCACCUCUCGCAGUCUCCAAGAUGCAUCUAUGUACGGGAGAUACGAGCAAUGGAUGACUCGUUAUGGUCGCGUAUAUAACGACGUUAACGAGAAGGAGAAUCGUUUCAAGAUAUUCAAAGAAAAUGUGGCGUUUAUAGAAUCAUCCAAUAAAGAUGUGAACAAACCCUACAAGUUAGGUGUUAAUCAAUUUGCAGACCUUACAAAUGAAGAGUUCAAAGCCUCGAGAAAUGGAUUCAAGGGGCAUGAAUGUUCCACAAAGACGACUUCUUUCAAAUAUGAAAAUGUUAAGGCGCCAGUGCCAGCUGCAAUGGACUGGAGAAAGAAAGGAGCUUGGCAGCGACCGAAGGGCAUUACUCAGCUUACAACUGGUAAACUGAUCUCUUUGUCUGAGCAAGAGCUAGUUGACUGUGACACCAGCGGUGUAGACCAAGGUUGUGAGGGUGGCUUGAUGGAUGAUGCCUUUCAGUUCAUCCAACAAAACCAUGGGCUUAGUGCUGAAGCUAAUUACCCCUACAAUGGUGUUGAUGGUUCAUGCAAUACCAAGAAAGCAGCAAUCAUUGCAGCCAAGAUAACUGGCUAUGAAGAUGUGCCUGCAAACAGCGAAAAAGCCCUUCUAACCGCUGUUGCUCAUCAACCAGUUUCUGUUGCCAUCGAUGCUGGAGGUUCCGAUUUCCAGUUCUAUUCAAGUGGUGUCUUUACAGGAGCCUGUGGAACGAGCCUUGACCAUGGGGUUACCGCUGUUGGUUAUGGCGUUAGCGAUGAUGGGACUAAGUAUUGGUUGGUUAAAAACUCAUGGGGGACAGAAUGGGGUGAAGAGGGGUACAUAAGGAUGCAAAGAGAUGUUGAAGCAAAAGAAGGUCUAUGUGGCAUUGCUAUGGAAGCCUCUUACCCCACUGCUUAG